CAACACGACCUGUGACGUCAUUUCUGGUGUCGUGUUCGCCUCCAUUUCACAGGAAAAACAUCAGGGAGGAGAAACUGGAUUAAACAGCGGAUUCAGGCUGAAAAGAGGCCCGUUUGUGCUCAUCACAAUGGAAGAAUCCUGAGACCAGAACCUACCACCGGCCGAAAGGGACGCGGCAGCUGGGUGGCCUGUCACUUUUAAUGACCCACAUUUAGGAAAGCCAGGUUUCCCCUCGAGUGCAGGGCGGCCUGUGACGCUCCAGAGCUGCUCCGCUCCGUUUAGAAUGAAAGAUGGACCGGGAUGCGGCCGACAGUCCGGUCACCCUGGUCAUCCGGGCUCCGAACCAGAAAUAUGACGACCAGACCAUCAGCUGCUUCCUGAACUGGACCGUGGAGAAGCUGAAGAAGCACAUCUCCAACGUGUACCCCAGUAAGCCGUUGUGUAGAGAGCAGAGGCUGGUUUACUCCGGGCGUCUCCUGCAGGACCAUCAGCAGCUGCGGGACGUUCUGAGAGAGCAGGACGAGUAUCACAUGGUACACUUGGUCUGUGCGCCUCGCAGCCCCCCCUCUCCACCUGUGGAUCACAGGGACCCUGGCAGCUCCCCCCUGACCUCUGACCCCAGCUCCGUGAAUGCAGACACCGUUGGCCCCUCCCCCUCAGUCUCUGUGUCCUAUCAGGACGCCCCCAGCCCCUCCGUCACAGGAAGUUCAGAUGGCCUGCGGCACCGAGGAGGUUCAACACAGACCCGCGGUUUGACCCCUGACCCCACGGAUGCAGUGCAGUGGCCUCAGGGAAUGCCCCUCACUGCGCUGACAGCGCCCCCUGCUGGAGUCCCAGCAAACCCCAUGUACUCUCCUAUGCAGAUGCUGUGGUGGCAGCAGAUGUACGCCAGACAUUACUAUAUGCAAUACCAAGCUGCGAUGGCAGCCUCCCAGGCAUCCGCUGUGGCACCGCCCCCUUCCCUAAGUCCCCGCCCUGCUGCCGUUCCGGCUCCGCCCAACGAACCCGCAGCCCCUAUGGGGCCGAACCCUGCCCCCAACCCCGUCCCAGAGGAGCGUCCGGCCAAUCAGAACCUGCAGAUGAACGCACAGGGCGGAGCCAUGCUGAAUGAGGACGAGCUGAACCGUGAUUGGCUGGACUGGCUCUACACAGUCUCGCGCGCUGCUAUUCUGCUCAGCAUCGUCUACUUUUACUCCUCCUUCGGACGCUUCGUCAUGGUGAUCGGCGCCAUGCUGCUCGUUUACCUACACCAGGCUGGCUGGUUCCCCUUCAGAGCAGAGCUGCAGAACCCAGCAGCAGAAGGUCCUCAGGAUGAAGCGGCGAGAAACAACGACAUUCAGGAAAUGGAGCGGAUUAUGGAUGAUGGGAUUGAGGAUGAUGAUGGUGAGAGUGGGGAGGAAGGCCCUGAGGACGCAUCUCCGGCCAGGCCAGGCUUUCUAACGGCCACCUGGUCAUUCAUCAGCACUUUCUUCACCUCGUUAGUGCCGGAGGGCCCGGGUCGCCCUGCCAACUGACCCUACAGGCCAGACAGACAAACAAACACAGACACUGAGAGGGUGUUUCACAGCGCAGGAUUCCUCAGAUCGUUUAAUCGUGCCUGUCUAGCAGAGAGCAGGAGGGCAUCUGUGCUGGACAGAACUCACCUUGGGCUUAAUUAAUCCAGCUAACUGAGUGAAUCCUGCUUUAUGAAACUCAGUCUAACGUCGGCUCUACAGCGUCACUGCAGGUCACAGUAAAGGGACAAACAUACAGACACACUUCUGUUGUGAGCGUCUCUCGUUCGGUGAGUCAGUGAUGCUGCUUUACUCUGAGGUUUUCUCGUGACACAGAUCAGCGCCGUGUUAAUCGUGACCGACUAAACCAGCUCAUGGGUUUGUCUUCCUGUUACACUGAGAGUCUGUUUGGGUUUGUUUUUGGAUGAAGGCAGAAGACGACGCCACAUUAAACGGUGUAACUGCUUCAGUAAAAUAGUUCUCCAUUUCCACUGAGUGUAAAUAAAUAGUACUUAUUCACAGAUAUGAAUAUUUGCAUCUCAUUGAAGUUGAGCUGUGUUUUUGAAUAAAAACAGUUUGGCGGUGAGGUGGACGGUCAGUGGCUCUGAGUGCUGUUUUAAGGCGGUGCCACCAGGGGGCGGCAGUGCUGUUCAGAAGAAGAAUGGACGGCUCUGAGUUCUGAGUUUUCCUAAUAUGGGCAAAUAGUAAAUAUUUUUAUUAUAUAUAUGCACACAUACAUACAUACAUACAUAAAUACAUACAUGCACCGAUCAGGCAUAACAUUAUGACUUGUUUCUACGCCCAUUUUAUCAGCUCCACUUACUAUAUAGGUGCACUUUGUAGUUCUACAGUUACAGACUGUAGUCCAUCUGUUUCUCUGCAAUACUGAUAGAUUCAAGUAAUAUAACUAAACAAUUAAAACUGAAGAAAAGACUUUUUCAAACUUUCUGUAAAGUAUAAUUUAAAAAAAAUGCAAUUUCUGGUGAGGAAUAAAUUAGGACACCCCCACAUUUAUUCCCACUUACAAUGGCUAAAAUCACACAGUUGUAUCACAUCAGGUGCGCAUGAUUAGAACAUCAUUACUCAGCAUUUUGAAGGAGGCUUGCCUUAUUUAAACCUCAGACAUUUCGUUCGGUGAGCUCCUGACUGUUGAAGUGAGAGUGAACACCAUGGUGAGAUCGAAAGAGCCGUCUGAGGCCAUCAGAAAGAAGACUGUAGCAGCUUAGGAGUCUAGUAAGGAAUUUAAAAAGAUCUCAAAAGAAUCUGAAAUCAGCCAUUCCACUGUCCGGAAAAUAGUCUACAAGUGGAGGACAUUCAAAACAACUGCCAACAUGCCCAGGUCUGGCCGUCCAAGCAAGUUUACCCCGAGAGCAGACUGCAAGAUGCUAAAAGAAGUCUCAAAAACCCAAAAAGGUCAUCACGGGACCUACAGCAGGCUCUGGCUGCUGUUGAUGUGAAAGUGCAUGCCUGUACAAUCAGAAAGACACUGCCCAAGUUUAACUUUCAUGGGAGUUGUGCAGGCAGGAAACCUUUGCUCUCUAAGAGAAACAUGAAGGCCAGACUGAAGUUUGCCAGAGACAAAGACCAGAACUUCUGGAAUAAUGUUCUGUGGACAGAUGAGUCUAACACUGAAUUAUUUGGACACCUUAACAGAAGGCAUGUUUGGCGUAAACCAAAUACAGCAUUCCAGGAAAAGAACCUCAUACCAACUGUGAAACAUGGAGGUGGAAGUGUCAUGGUUUGGGAAUGCUUUGCUGCAGCAGGACCUGGCCAGCUCACCAUCAUAGAAUCCACCAUGAAUUCUGCCGUGUAUCACAGGCUGCUUGAGGAACAUGUGAGACCAUCUGUAAAAAAAAUUAAAGCUGAAGCAGAACUGGACCCUGCAACAUGACAAUGAUCCUAAACAUACCAGUAAAUCCACCAAGGACUGGCUGAAAACCCAGAUCUUAAUCCCAUUGAGAUGCUUUGGGGUGACUUGAAACGGGCUGUACAUGCAAGAAACCCCUCAGUCAUCUCGCUGAAAGAAUUCUGCGUUGAGGAGUGGGGCGAACUUCCCUCCGACCGAUGUCAGAGACUGGUAGACGGCUACAAGAGGCGUCUCACUGAGGUUAUUUCAGCCAAAGGGGGUAACGCUAGCUGUUAGGGGGUAGGGUGUCCUAACUUUUUCCUCAGAUGGAAUAUGCAUUUUUGUUAAAAUUUUUUGUUUAAUGAGUAAAACAAGGUUAAUUUUUGUUGUUUACCUGCAAAUAAAUCACUUCCUUUUCCAGAGAUAAAUAAAAAAAAAGAUUAGACAUCGAUAUGUGAACAUUUCUUAAUAAAGAACUGAAUAUUUAA